CAUACAUUCCACCCAUAGAGCCUCAUUUCAGCAAUAAUGCACCUGAAGAGGAAGAUGUGGAAGAAGAAGCAAAGAAGAAGAAGUUGCAUGAAACUGUUGUAAUGUAUCAAUCCUUCUAGGAAGGAACUUGCUGUAACCUAAUCCGCCUUUUACCAGGAGCACGAUACAUAAGAGUCUUCAUCUGCUGUUACCUUGCUACAUUUUAUGCCCACAUCUCUCUGAGGCACUGCACCCACAGGUGUUUUCAUCCUAGUAUAUAACAUGCCUAUUCUUCCUUUUGGAUUUUUUUCCUUCAACAUCUUCUCAAUCUUAUCCCUCCUCCUCCUCUGGUACCCUCUUUGCUGUCGCAGCAGUGUUGCCCACUAUGGAAGCAUACCGUCCAACCUCACGCAUCUGUUCGUCCUGUUCCGCCAUGGAGAUCGAGCCCCACUAGGGUCUUAUCCGAACGACCCUAACAAAAAUUACUCCUGGCCUAUGGGUCUGGGUGCUCUUACCACAAAGGGUCGUCGCAAUAUGCACGCUUUGGGAAAGUAUCUUCGCCGUCGCUAUGGAAGCUUCCUGGGUAGUGACCCCAGAGUAGUAGCUGCCAGGAGUGGACCUGAUGAACGCUGCUAUGAUAGCCUAGCGCUAGUGCUUUACGGCCUGUUCCCCACUACUGGCCCGUGGAAGGACUGGAUGCCCGACCAAGACUGGCAACCUGUUCCAAUCGUUCGACUCCCACAGGGUCAUGACAGGUUCACGGAAAUCUGCAAGCCACUGUUCCUGCGCAGCAUCCAGAACUUGGGCGAGCUACAAGCACGUGGCUCCUUUGCCAAGUCUACAUUUUUCUUCAAAUUCUUGUCAAAACACACAGGGGUUGACAUCAGGGAUACUAUUGGUCUUCUUACAGCAAUAGACACCUUGGUGGUACAUCACGAAAACGGGCUCAGCGUGCCCCAAUGGGCUCUCGACAACUGGGACACUAUACUUUGGGCUAAUGAUGUCAUUAUUGGACACAUUGCGGAAUCCCAAAUGCGUAACACAGCUGGUGCAAUGUUAUGGAGCAUAGCUGAUGACUUGGAAAAGCUACGGAAAAAGAUAGAAGGCGUACCCCAGAUCUUACGUUCGACGCCAUCGAAGGUCGGGAAGAAAGUGACGAUUUUCUCCUACAACGAUAUCAACUUGUACAAUGUCCUCAAAGGCUUGAACAGAAGCUACGAGGUGCGGCCACAAUAUGGCGCCACAGUCUUAUUUGAAGUGUACUCCAAGAACAGGGUCCCCUUCAUCAACAUUCUACACAAGGUUGAUCGAGAUGCUCAGAUCUACUCCGUUGAAGGUGGCUCCAACCCAAGCACUGCGGAGGCCUUUAUCCGUUUUGUGCGAAACCAGUUCAAGCCCGUAUCGUACGAGGAGUGCAAGUGGACUAAGCUACAGUUGCUCUAGGCAGCGUCAAGCAAGUUCAAUUUCAGAUUAAUAAACAUUGACCAAUUUUGAAACA